AAGAUGAAAAAAAAAAAAAAAAAAAACGGAAGGGUUAUAUAUACAAGUACAGAGUUGCCACUGUAGAGGCGGGCAUAUAAAGGUACAUACAAAAGGUACUCCUUUUGGAUGCCACCCCCCAGCGGUAGGCAAAACAGUCAAAGUCAACGAAGCGGUGCUCUGCUCAGAGGGCACUGCUUAAACGAAGAGGUAAAAUAAAAAUAGCUGUUAUAGGGGAAUCGCCGAGAAGGAAAAAAAAGCGAAUCCUUCGUUUGGACCCCACGCAGAAUAUGCAUAUGAGAUGGAAAUAACUUGUCGGCAGCGAAUCUGUACCUAAGUAAAAUUGCGCAUCAUCCCUCGCUGCAAAGGGGGUAGGACGAAUCUACCGCGUUUGCGUGAGCCCGUCCGUUCAUCCGGCGUAGUAGCGCUGAAAGCAGGGGCGAAGAAGGAGCCGCCUUACAAUUCGACGCGUCACACGUUACACGUCACUCGUCACACGUCAAACCUUUUGAGGAGGAGAAAGCCAAAAUGAACGACGACACCAUCACGUGGGAAAUCCUGGGCAAGGGAAAAUGCUCAUUUAAAAAAAAAACGCAGACGCAGAUGUUCUGCACGAACGAAUAUAACGUCACGGGCCUAUGCACCAAGGUGAACUGCCCCCUCAGCAACAGUGUCUACGGAACGGUUAUCCUAGAUAAGGGAGAAAUUUUCUUAUACUUAAAGUACCCCGAGAGGGCCCACCUGCCGAGCUCCCUCUGGACCAGACUCCAGUUAAGCCAAAACAAAAAGGAAGCAUUCAAUGUCAUAUAUAAAGAAAUGAAGUACACCCAUAAUAUAAAGCAAAUAAAAAAAUGCAUGAAAAGAUAUGUACGGAUGAAGGAGAUUUUAAAGCGAAGUAGAAAAUUAAUUUUGCAAAAACAAGUAAAGCUGGUUCCCAUUAAAAAGAAAACAGAAAGGAGGGAUAGGACCCGGGAGAACAAGGCUCUCAAAGCAGCCAACAUUUUAAAUAACGUCGAAAAGGAAUUGCUCAACCGGCUGAAUAGCGGGGUGUAUGGCAAUUUGUAUAAAUUUUUGACCCCAAAAAAGAAGGUUAAAAAUAAGGACUCCGAGUUGGCCAAGCUGUUCGACGAGGUGCAGGAGGUGCAGGGCGUCAAGGGGAGGAAGAAGCAGCGGGUGGUGGAGCAGGCGGUGGAGGAGGAGGAGGAAGAGGAGGAAGAAGAUGAGGGGUUAGAUGAGGAUGAGGAGGAAGGUGAUGAUGAUGAGGAUGAUGAAGAUGACGAUGAGGAGGAAGACGAUGAUGAUGAGGAGGAUGAGGAGGAAGAUGAUGACGAGGAGGAUGAUGAGGAGGAGGAUGACGAAGAGGAUGAUGACGAUCACGAUGAGGAUGAAGAUGAGGAUGAAGAUGACGAUCACGAUGACGAUAACGAUGAGGAGGAGGAACAUUUGGAGGACGAGCCCCGCAGGAAGGCGAAAAGGAAGCAGAAGCGCGCGAAGGAGUACGUGGACGGCGAGCACAUCAGGGCCCUGCGGGAGGAGGGGAAGCUGUUCGAUGAAGACGAAGUGGAGGAGUUCGACGGGAGCUUCACGAGGAAGAGGAGCACCAAGGCAGGCGGCAAGAAGGGCAAGAAGAAGAUCCGAAUAGCGUACGAAAACGAUUAG